GUUUUGAUGUACAUGUGACUAAUAGCGGACGGAAAGGGAAAUUGAUUUCGGGACGACAAUUUGGCAAGCCAGCCAGGAGCCCAAGACGAGGUUUCGGAAGCGGCAUGAGCGACCGACGGGGAUAACGGCCACCUGAGAUGGAUGGGCCCACAAGGUACGAUUCACCUUGAUCCCUUUCAGGCAGUCGGACACCUGAUCAAUCCCUUCGCUUACCGACAAUCCUCUGACGGACUCCUCGCGAACCUGUCUGAGUGCCACAGUCGAUACAGUCAAAUUCAAGAUGACAACCCAACCAAUGGAUGUCAUGGGACAGUGGAAGAUCACUGUCUGGGAAGAACAAAACUUCCAGGGAAAACACUGUGAGUUUAUGCUGGAAUGCCCCAACAUCAUGGAACGGGGAUUCAACAAGAUCCGAUCCAUCAAGGUGGAAUGUGGUCCCUGGGCAGGUUAUGAAUACCCAGAGUUCCAGGGACAGCAGUUCAUUCUGGAGAAGGGAGACUAUCCUCGCUGGGAUGCCUGGAGCGGGAACAGUGGCUACAGGACCGAGCAUCUUCUCUCCUUCCGCCCAAUUAAGAGUGCUAGCCACAGUGACAGUAAGAUCUCCCUGUACGAAAACGAGAACUUCCAGGGCCGCAAGUUUGAGCUAUGUGACGACUACCCAUCCCUGCAGGCCAUGGGUUGGUGCAGCAAGGAGGUUGCUUCCAUCAAGGUCCACUCUGGAGCCUGGGUUGGAUACCAGUACCCAGGAUACAGAGGCUACCAGUACAUCUUUGAGAGGGACCGACACAAUGGUGAAUUCAAGAACUACAAUGAGUACAGCACCCAGGCACACACCAACCAGCUGCAGUCCAUCCGCAGAGUCCAGCACUAG